AUGGCGGAGGAGUCCCAGCUCCACCACCGGGCGGGCAGGCAGGGAGCUGCCGCCGGCAGUCCCGCACCCGCGCACUUGCUGGAGAUGAGGCGUGCAGCGCUGCGGGUCUGCCUCCUGGUCUUGGCCGCCCUGGGCCGCCCCGGCGCCGGCAGCGAGCACGACGAGGAGCACGACGGCGAGGACCUCUCGCACUCCCCCGAGAAAGGUCCUGGCCACAGUCACUGGAGCUAUGAAGAGCGGGAGCACUGGGGCGAGGACUACCCAGACUGUGCAGGCACUUUGCAGUCUCCCAUCAACAUCGACAUGUCCAGAACCAUCUUCAGUCCACAGCUGCGGCCAAUACAGCUCUCUGGCUACAGUCUUCCCGCCAAGGAGAAGCUCAGGCUGAGGAAUAAUGGGCACACAGUUCAGCUCGAUCUGCCAGAGUCACUGGCUAUCACUGGUGGCUAUGCCCAGCAGUACCGAGCUGUGCAGCUGCACCUGCACUGGGGCUCUCUGUCGGGACGUGGCUCAGAGCAUACCAUCAACGGGCACCGCUUUGCUGCAGAGAUCCAUGUGGUGCACUACAACAGCAAGUAUGACAGCUUUAAUGAGGCAAUGGUCCAUCCAGAUGGCCUAGCUGUACUGGCAGCCUUCCUGGAGGUUGGACCAAGGGAGAACCCAUACUAUCAGGAAAUACUUGAACACCUGUACAAAAUUCAAGGUGAAGGUGAAGAAGUCUGGGUGCCUGGAUUCAAUAUUGAAGGUCUGCUGCCUGCCAACCUGAAAUUCUACUUGCACUACAAUGGUUCUCUGACCACCCCUCCAUGUUACCAGACAGUGAAGUGGACAAUCUUCAACCAGACCAUGCUGCUCUCUCAUGACCAGAUGUCAACACUGGUGAUGACCCUGAGAAAUGAUGACAACAAACCCCUGCAGAACAAUUACCGGCCAGUGCAGGGCCUACACAGGCGACAGGUGCUGUCAAGUUUCCAGACCACAGCAAAGCAGCUGCCUCCUGGUAAUGAAGGCUCAACAGCAACAGAAGGACACACCAGCUCUUCAUUUCAUGCAGGGGAUGUGCUGGCUGUGCUCUUCGGGGUGCUCUUUGCCAUCACAGCACUGGCCUUCCUGCUGUACAUCCUCAAGCACCGCAGCCAGAACACACGGCUGGACUCACCGGGCAAAUCCAAGGUCAUCUACACAGCAGCUACCACUGAGAACACUGCAUGA